AUGGCUACCGUCACAGGGGGGAUUUUCGCCGUCACGGGUGGAAUUUCCGGCAUUGGAGCUGCGACCAGUCGUCUUUUGGCGGAUCGUGGAGCUGCGUUUAUCUGUAUCAGCGAUAUUUCGUCCAAGAAUCUCGAUCAGCUGAAAACCGAGAUCAAAGAGCUCAACCCGGCGACUGUUGUUGAUUUUACUGCUCUGGAUGUGACGUCUUCUGAACAGGUAGAGCAGUGGAUACAAAGCAUUGUUACGAAGUAUGGCGACCUAACCGGUGCAGCCAACGUUGCUGGCAUAGCCCAAGGAGUGGGUUCACGAACGACGCCUACCAUCCUUGGGGAAACUGAUGCUGAAUGGAAUCAAGUCAUGAAAGUCAACCUCGACGGAGUUUUUUUCUGUACUCGUGCUGAAGUACGAGCAAUGAAGGACUUGCCUCCUCGAGAUCGCAGCAUCGUGAAUGUUUCCAGUAUAGCGGCUUUCUCGCACUUACCCGAUGUAUAUGCUUAUGGUACAUCUAAAGGGGCUGCUGCCUAUCUCACCGACUGUGUCGCGGCAGACGCUAUUUCGCUGGGAAUUAGAGUCAAUUGUGUUUCUCCAGGCGUUACGAAUACCCCCAUGCUCCCAAAGUUUAUGCCAAAUGCCAAUUCAUUCAAGGAUGUGGAAGACUCAUACAAGCGUGAGGGGUUUUCCUUAAUUCAACCUGAAGAUGUUGCCAGAACGAUAGUUUGGCUACUCAGCACGGAUUCGCGGCCGGUCUACGGAGCGGAUGUGAACGUAGGUGCUGCAAAACCUUGA